GAGGCUGGCUGAGGGAGCCCUGCUGAGCUCCCACCAUGGACAGCAGGACGUGGGGGGCCUGUAUCCUCUGCCUACUGAGCCCAUUACCAAUUGUACUGGGCCACGUGCACCCGGAGUGUGACUUGAUCACCCGGCUGAGAGAGGAUGAGAGUGCGUGUCUGCAAGCAGCAGAGGGGAUGCCCAACAUCACCCUGGGCUGCCCCGGGACCUGGGACGGGCUGCUGUGCUGGCCCACGGCGGGCCCUGGCGAGUGGGUGACUCUCCCCUGCCCAGCCUUCUUCUCUUACUUCAGCUCGGAGCCCGGCACAGUGAAGCGGGAUUGCACCGUCGUGGGCUGGUCCGAGCCCUUCCCGCCCUAUCCUGUGGCCUGCCCGGUGCCCCUGGAGCUGCUGACAGAAGAGAAAUCUUACUUCUCCACGGUGAAGAUCAUCUACACCCUGGGCCACAGCAUCUCGAUCGUGGCCCUCCUGGUGGCCAUUGCCAUCCUGGUUGCUCUCAGGAGGCUCCACUGCCCCCGGAACUACAUCCACACUCAGCUGUUCACCACCUUCAUCCUCAAGGCCGGGGCCGUGAUCCUAAAGGACACCACCCUCCUCCACGGCGAGAACACGGACCACUGCAGCCUCUCCACUGUUCUGUGCAAGGUCUCUGUAGCCACCUGCCACUUCGCCACCAUGACCAACUUCAGCUGGCUGUUGGCAGAAGCUGUCUACUUGACCUGCCUCUUGGCCUCCACGUUGCCCAGCACCAGGAGAACCUUCUGGUGGCUGGUUCUCGCUAGCUGGGGGUUUCCCCUGCUCUUCACUGGCACAUGGGUGGGUUGCAAGUUGGCCUUCGAGGAUGCUGCGUGCUGGGACCUGAACGACAGCUCCCCCUACUGGUGGAUCAUCAAAGGGCCCAUCGUCUUCUCUGUUGGGGUGAACUUUGGGCUUUUUCUCAAUAUUAUUCGCAUCCUGCUGAGGAAACUGGAGCCAGCUCAGGGCAGCCUCCACACCCAGUCUCAGUACUGGCGCCUCUCUAAGUCAACCCUUCUCCUCAUCCCGCUGUUUGGAAUCCACUACAUCGUCUUCAACUUCCUGCCCGACAGCGCUGGCCUGGGCAUCCGCCUCCCCCUGGAGCUGGGGCUGGGCUCCUUUCAGGGCUUCAUUGUUGCCACUCUGUAUUGCUUCCUCAACCAAGAGGUGAGGACUGAGCUCUCACGGAGAUGGCAUGGCCACAACCCUGAGCUUCUGCCAGCCCGGAGGACUCACGCCAGGUGGACAGUGCCCUUCCGCUCAGGGACUAAGGUGCUGACAUCUGUGUGCUAG